ACAUGUAAAACCAAAGAAACAAUAAAGUAAAGAGAAAACUAGAUAUGAAUAAGCUUCCAAUAAUAGAUUUUAGGAAGGGAGAGUUGAAAGAAGGGAGUGAAGAAUGGAUAUCAUUGAGGGAGCAAGUGUACAAAGCAUUAGAAGAAUAUGGUUGUUUUGAGGCACUACUUGAUGGAGUUCCAAAAGAGAACCUAUAUGAAAAGUUGGAACAACUUUAUAACUUACCUAAUUUGGACACCAAAUUUGAAAUCCCUCAAACUCUAUCAUCUUCUGGCUACUUUAAGGAUAACCCUCUCGUUCCACUUUAUGAGAGAAUGGUCAUUCAGCAUGUCCUCUCUCCUGGUGUUAUUGAAAACUUUUUUUCCAACAUCAAUUUGCCUGAUCAUGGAGACAAACAAUUUUGUGAUUUGGUGCAUGGUUAUGCCAAGGGAUUAUCAGAAUUUGAUGAGAUGAUACAAAAAAUGAUAUUUGAGAAAUUAGGAAUAUUUGAAAAAUAUUGGGAUGAACACAAAAAUUCAACAAAUGGUGCACUUGGCUUGUUGCGUUACAGAGUGCCUAAAGCUGAGGAGACAAACGUUGGACUAACUGGUCAUUCUGAUAAACUCAUGACAACUGUUUUAAGCCAACGUCAAAUUGGUAAAAGUGAAUUGAAAGUUAUGAUGAAAAAUGGGGAGUGGAUUGAUGUUGAAUACUCAUCACCUCAUUCAUUCGUAUUCUUCCUUGGUGACAUUUUCACUGCACUUACAAAUGGUAGAUUGCCAAGUCCAUUUCAUCGAGUGAUUGUGGGAAACAAAGAGAGAUAUUCCAUAGUGUAUUCUGCAGAUGCUAAAGAAGGAUAUAUCAUUAAAGUCGCCGAGGAACUUGUUGAUGAAGAUCAUCCUUUGCGUUAUAAACCUUUUGAUCCUCUUAAAUAUUUUCUGUAUUGUAUGACAGAGGUUCAUAUAGAUCCUACUACCACACUCGAGAGCUUCUGCGGCGUUGGUUCAGUUUGAGUCGAUUUUCUUCUAAAAGAAAAUUAAAUUAAUUAAGUCUCAUUUUGUUUAAAGAUCAAGUGGAGUUCUUGUA